UUGUCUCUGACUGAGUCAACAUGUUCCCAGCCCUCACCAUCAGUGUCUUUGCCCUCUGGCACACAGGUUGGAGCCAGACUGUGCUGAUCACCCAGUGGCCAGGCUACAUCUCCAGCCAGCCUGACGCCUCGGUGGAGAUGCACUGUUAUCAGAACAACACAGACCAUCCCUACAUGUUGUGGUACAGGCAGCAGAGAGGGAAGGAGCCCGUGCUGAUGGCUACUCUCGUAGCUGGGUCUCCGAGCUACGAACCUGGGUUUGAUUCUGGCUUUGGAGUGUCAAGCUCGGAGAAAAAGAUGUGGUCUCUGGCCGUGAAGGCGGUGCGCAGUACUGACGAGGCGGUGUAUCUGUGCGCUGCCAGCAUGGGGAGGCAUUAUCCUGCUUACUUCGGAGGGGGGACUAAGCUAACAGUGCUCGAUCCCAAUAUACCAGUCAAAGCUCCGACCAAGGUCAGUAUUCUGCCCCCCUCCAAACACGAGUGUAAGGAUGCCAAAGACAACAAAAACAAGAAGACCCUGGUGUGCGUGGCCACCGGCUUCUACCCGGAUCACGUCAGCGUGUCCUGGACGAUCAAUGGCGUGAAUGUAACCGAUGGAGUGGGGACGGACCACUCGGCCGUGUGGGACAACGUAACGGAGAGGUACAGCAUCACCAGCCGCUUGAGAGUGCCUGCCGGAGAGUGGUACACAGACACCAAUCAGUUCAACUGUACUGUCCUCUUCUUUGAUGGUACAGAAGAAAAACCCUGUCCAGCUUCCAUUAUGGGAGAUAAAGCUCUGUCAACUGGAGGCAUGACAACAGAGAACUACGUGAAGAGCACUCAGACAGCUAAACUGGCGUACAUCGUCUUCAUCGCUAAAAGCAGCCUGUAUGGGUUCUUUGUGGUCGUGUUUGUGUGGAAGCUCCAGGGUAAAUCUGGGAAGCAUUUCACCUGAGGCCACAACAGGAAACCUGUGUUGACCGGGAUGGUGAUGGUGAUGGUCUGGAUGGUGUGGUGUUGCUGAUGUUGGAUUAUAAUAUGCAGUAUUUCUGUCUCCCUAGAUGACCCAUCUUUUCAGAUCAACUAGUGUUCUGCAGUCUAUAGACGCGCAGAUGUAAUGUGAAUAGAAAUAAAACCUGCUUGUCAACCUAAAAUGUCACAGUUCAUAAAGAAGUGAUAACAGUUGGCUUGUACUGUAUAUAGAAAUGAUUGCAGAGUAAAGAGGGCUUUGUUAAUAGGGAUUUCUGAAAUAACCUCAAGCCUGUAUUGAAAGAACAUUGUGAAGACAAACUUUUGUUCUCCAACUUUUUGAAAUGAAUUAACCAUAAUAGUGUAUGUUUGUAUUCAACAUAGCAGCUGCAUCUGCUAACAUAAUUCAUAUUCAGAUAUUUCAUUGUUAAUAAAGUUGUAACAUACA